GGAAGAGAGAAAGAGAAGAGGGGCAAAGGAAGAAGAGAGAAUGAUGAAGAAAGAAAAGGAAGGAAGAAGACGAAAAAAGGGUACUGCUACCAAGUAGUAAUAUUGGAGAAGGGCAAUUUAUCAUGCUCGCCCUCUUUUUCACGGGGACGAGGACGUAGAAAGGCGUACGAACUGCAGCCAAAUGGUCGUUCCCCUUUCUCCUAUGGUUCAGGCCUUUUCUGAAUUUCGGGUUUUGCAGUUCGCUGCGUCCUCUCCUCCUCUGGUACUGGCUUCCUAUCCGCCGGCCACGUGUCCUUAGUCUCCAGUUGUUACCAGUGUUGGAGGAGGAGCACAGUAGAUCACGGUCUACGCGGCGGCUGACGGGUCCCGCCAUCACCACAGCAGGUCGGCAUCAUCUAAUUAGAAGCAGGAGGAGGAGGAAGAGAAGUUCGGAGCUCAUCAUCUCUUCAUCGUUAUCAGCAGCAAUGAGGAAGCACGAGUAGGAGGAGGAGCAGAGGAGCUUUGGAAUCAUCAUCACCACCAUCAUCAACAACGUGAAAAAGGAGGAGGAAGAGGAGGAGGAGGAAGAGGAGGAGGAGGAAGAGGAGGAGGAGGAGGAAGAGGAGGAGGAGGAGGAGGAAGAGGAGGACGUGGUUUCGAACCCUUCAUGAGCAUUCAUCGCCGUCGUCAUCUAAUUAAUCUUUGAGGGCUGAAUUAGAGUUGUGAAGGAAGGCGAACGAUGCCGGGUCGGUACGCGAAGAAAUUGGCGUGCGCGAUCCUAAAGGACCAGUUUGGCGGCCUCGUGGAAAGCGUAUGUCGGAGUCUAAUUCUAAAAGGAGUGCUAUCCUUUGCGGAGCUUGGGCGGGAAACCGGUUUAAGGCCAGAUGAGCUGCGAAACUGCCUUCUGGUUCUUGUUCAACAUAACUGCGUGCAGGCCUUCCGUAAUGAAGCCGAUGGAACAAAAACUCCGACGAUGUAUAUGGCCUUGGUUGACAGGAUUCUGCAAAGGCUUCGCUUUCCUAAGUUCCUCCUUCACAUAAAGGAAGCUCUAGGUGAGGAGGCGGCUGAGUCGAUCAUAGAGGGAUUGAUGGAACAUGGCAGACUGUCAGUGGAGCAGUUGGUGCAACGAAGUGCAGAGAAAAGUAAUCGAGCUGAAGUUGUUGUUGGAGGAUCUCUGAAGAGUGCCUUUGCCGCACUGGUUCGUGAACACUACCUGGAGAGAGUACCAAGACCAGAGCCAGUGUUGCCACCUCGGAAAGCCGAGGCACCGAAGAGGAUGCGCGGGCAGGUGGAUGGGUCUUAACAUACCUGUUUCCUCGUAGCCGUUUAGUGCAUUGAAUGAGGAAAUGAACGGUUAUGAUCAAA